AGAGAGAGAGAAGCAGCGGAGAAACAGGCAGGAUGCUUUAACGCGGACUCCAGCGCAGCUGCCCUCAGCGCGGUCAGUCCGUCCUCCCUCUCUCGGGCAGACCUCUUCGAUAUGAGAUGAACAGAGUGCCACUUAUUGGAGGCAGCGGAAUAACACAAACAAGCUCCAGUCGGCUCCCUUCGAAACGUUCCGGGGCUGACCACGAGCCUGCUGCUGCGUCCACUGUGGAUAUUGCUGCAGUGCAUGUUGCAAAAUCUCUGACGUUUUUCCUUUUUCUUCCUUUCUUUGCUUCUUUUUUUCACCACCUUACUCAGUUUUUUUUUGACUGUUUUUCCUCGGCGCCACUCCUCUGGUGAAUGAAGGUCUUUGUAAAACGUGACUGCUUGUUUUCUACUGAAGAUUCUUUUCAGCUGUGGUGGUUCUUCUUUUUGGGGUUUGGGGGGGGGGUUGAAAAGUAAUGCUAAAUAAGGAUACCACUACUGUGUGACCUAGAUAACGCAGCAACUCUUCGCUGACCCCCACCUCUCCACCUCCACCACCACCCUCACCCUUUGCCUUCCCUUGGAUCUACCUACCCCCUGGACAGCUCAAUGGAAGCAGCGGUGUGUGUGGGGGGAGCGCGUUAGGGCGCGGGACGGGGCGCAGGAUGCAGUCUGGAACGCGGGCUCUCUGCGCCGGAGGAGGCGCCUCACUCUGCUGCCUGCUCCUGCUCUGGCUCAUAUACACCCACCUGCUCAAAGAAGGUCAGCUGGCGGUGGGCACGUGUGAGAUUGUGAUGUUAAACAGAGACAGCAGUCAGCCCAAGCGCACCAUCGCCAGGCAGACUGCUCGCUGCGCCUGCCGGAGAGGCCAAAUUGCGGGCACCACGCGGGCACGGCCGGCAUGUGUGGACGCACGGAUAGUUAAAAGCAGGCAGUGGUGUGAGAUGACCCCAUGUUCAGAGGGAGAAAUCUGUGGGCUGCUGUUGAACCACUCCGGCUGGACCUGCACCAAGGGAGGCGGACGAAUAAAAACGGUCACGCCGCUGCCAAAGGAGCCAUCUUAAAGGACAUCAGCUGAAAAGAGGUCUAUUGACAUUCAUGGGAACAUUGCAGACCAGAAGUCAUUCAUCAAACACAUCCUCUCAUCCUGGAGCUAAAACAACUCGCGCCCCCCCUUCAGUCCCUCCCCAACCCAACCCAAACCGCACCACGGACCCCCCGCAACCUCCUCCCCCUCUUACAGGAGCCAGCACCAUGGUCACGGACAGUCGAGAACUCUCUGAGGACAUAAUACGGAACGUCCCGUCUCUGUGGCGUUCGUCUCCUGGGUUACAAUUAAUAGGCCUGCGUCGAGGCAGAACUGUAAAACACAUCCAUGUCAGACUUGGAGCUUUGCAUUCUUAUGAAGCUCAGAGUGGAUGGAAGCUUCGUAGUUUGAACUGCGAAGAUGCCAAACAAGCUUGUGAAACCCAACAGUCGUGGAUUAUCCGAGCAGAACAUGAUCAAGCUUGGGAUUCUGAAGAGUACAGAGCUCUGACAACCUGGAUGAUGCCUUUGUGAUGUUUCUUCAUCCCCAGAGUCAGUCUUUUCUUAAAAAUGUAGACAGCAUGCUUUGGACAUGCGUCCUGAUGAGGGUACAGUGACCACCCUGCAGUCCUGACGAAUACAGACAUUAAACCCCAAGGAGAUUUGAACUGAAAAUAGUGGACAAAUCAGUACUGGACAAUGUCAACAAAUGGCUGGACUGAAUGACCGCUUUGCCACUGAAAAAGAGGGAUGAAUCUAUUUGAUUCAAAUGUGUACAUCAUUUCUACAUGAAUAAGACAUACAGUACUGUGCAAAACUCAGAGACCACCCUAUAUUCAUUUAAUUUCCGUUUAAAACAGCCGUUAAGUACUCAUGAUUCAUUUUUCGGAAGAUAUUUCUGAGAUUAGAUAUAAGAUAAUCCACUUGCCUAAAGAAGAGAGGAAAUCAAAGGAAUAUAAGUGAAAAAACAGGUGUUUAAUCAAAAGUGAUAGAAGAUGCAGAGAAAAUGAGAUUCCUAAUGACCAUGCAAGACCUGGUAGACCAGGGGUGCCCAUACUUUUGUGGCUUGAGAUCUACUUUUUCCAGUGGACAGGUCAUCGUGAUCUACCUUUAAAAAAAAGGCUUUGAAUCUUUUUUUAUGCACUUCACUGGUCUAUAUUGAUACUCAGCAUUACAGGAUAAAUGACUAAAAAUCACCCUAACCUUAUUGUCAACCAGGUUUAUGUAGUUUGAACAACUAUUUUCUUCCUGAGUUUACUUUUAGCUGGGAAUUCGUUGUCGUAGUUUCCGUGAGUAGCUCAAAAAUGCCUCUCGACGUUCCCCUUGUUUGGAAGUGGGAUGGCUAUUUGGCAAAUCAAGUAGAUGGAUUUGAAGUUUGACAAAAAAUAGUCCUCCC